GCGCUCCGCGACCGGGAGGCGCGGGUCCGCCGAGGGAGAGAAGGACCAGAGAGCUCCUCUGGCUGCUCAGCGCCCCGGCUGCGUCGAGCGCUGCGCCUCUGCCGCAGACAGAGUGGAAGAGGCCGUUAGGGCUCGGCUAGGAACCGAGGCGCCCAGCCGCCUCCUCCGCCGGUUUGUAAAGCGCGGGCUAGCGCGCACAGCCCCGGCCCUUCCCCCUGACCUGGAUGUUCCUCCGCGCAGGCGGAAGGAGUCCUUCUCCCCCGAGCGCUUCCGCCCGGAGUGCCGUGGGGAGAGCGUAGCUCUGAUAUGGGGAAGAAGCACAAGAAACACAAGGCAGAGAAGGCAGAAUGGCGCUCGGCCUCCGCCACUGCGUACGGCGAUUAUGUGGAUAAGCCUUUGGAAAAACCAUUAAAGCUGGUGCUUAAAGUUGGAGGGAGUGAAGUGACUGAACUUUCUGGAUCAGGGCACGAUUCUAGUUACUAUGAUGAUAGAUCAGAUCAUGAGCGAGAACGACAUAAAGAAAAGAAGAAAAAAAAGAAAAAGAAGUCUGAGAAAGAAAAAGAAAAGCAUCUAGAUGAUGAGGAAAGAAGAAAGAGAAAGGAAGAGAAAAAGAGGAAAAGGGAGAAAGAACAGUGUGACACUGAAGGAGAAACUGAUGACUUUGAUCCUGGGAAAAAAGUGGAGGUUGAGCCCCCUCCUGAUCGUCCUGUCAGAGCAUGCAGAACUCAGCCAGCUGAAAAUGAGAGCACGCCGAUCCAGCAACUGCUAGAGCACUUUCUUCGCCAGCUUCAAAGGAAAGAUCCUCAUGGGUUUUUUGCUUUUCCAGUCACGGAUGCCAUUGCUCCUGGAUAUUCCAUGAUAAUAAAGCACCCCAUGGAUUUUGGUACAAUGAAGGAAAAAAUUGCAGCAAAUGAAUACAAAUCAGUCACUGAGUUCAAGGCAGAUUUUAAACUGAUGUGUGAUAAUGCAAUGACCUACAACAGACCAGACACUGUUUAUUACAAGCUAGCCAAGAAGAUACUGCACACAGGCUUUAAGAUGAUGAGCAAAGAACGGCUGUUAGCUUUGAAGCGCAGCAUGUCGUUUAUGCAGGACAUGGAUUUUUCUCAGCAGGCAGCUCUUUUGGGUGAUGAAGAUACAGCAGUUGAGGAACCUGUCCCUGAAGUUGUUCCUGUACAAGCAGAGACAACCAAGAAAUCCAAAAAGCAAAAUAAAGAAGUUAUUAGAUCUGAAUCUCUAUACAGAGAGAAAUUCUUAGCUAAGCAAAUGGAAGAAGAUGCCCCAGGAGAGAGAAAUGGAUUUGGUGUGAGGAGAUGCUCUACCCAGUACCUAAGUUGCAUAUUUGAACCUGAGGGAAAUGCAUGCAGCCUGACAGAUAGCACUGCUGAAGAACAUGUCCUGGCACUAGUGGAACAUGCAGCGGAUGAAGCUCGGGAUAGGAUCAAUCAAUAUCUACCCAACAGCAAGAUUGGGUAUCUGAAAAAAAAUGGAGAUGGAACUUUAUUAUUUAGUGUAGUAAAUUCAUCUGAUCCGGAGGCUGAAGAGGAAGAGACUCACCCAGUUGAUCUGAGUUCACUGUCAAGCAAAUUAUUACCUGGCUUCACUACACUGGGCUUUAAAGAUGAACGAAGAAAUAAAGUAACCUUUCUUACCAGUGCUAGUACAGCACCUUCCAUGCAGAACAACUCUAUAUUUCAUGAUUUAAAAGCAGAUGAAAUGGAACUCCUGUACUCAGCAUAUGGAGAUGAAACUGGGAUACAGUGUGCCUUAAGCUUACAAGAAUUUGUGAAGGAUGCUGGAAAUUACAGCAAGAAAUUAGUAGAUGAUCUUCUCGACCAGAUCACUAAUGGAGAUCAUUCCAAAACUGUUUAUCAGCUAAAGCAGAGGCGAAACAUUCCUGUAAAACUACCAGAUGAAGUUAAAGUUCUGCCAGUUCUCAUAAAAGAAGAAAACAAAUUGCGAAGUACCUGUCCAGAUUCUUCCAAACAGAUUAUGGUUGGAGAAUCUGCUGGAGAGAGUAACACUUCUGACUUGGACUUUCUCUCUAUGAAACCAUAUUCAGAUGUGUCACUUGAUAUUUCUAUGCUAAGUUCAUUAGGGAAAGUGAAGAAGGAACUUGAUCAUGAUGAUAACCAUUUACAUCUGGAUGAAACAACCAAGCUGCUGCAAGACCUUCAUGAAGCUCAGGCUGACAGAGUGGGAUCCCGGCCAUCAUCAAAUUUGAGUUCCCUCUCCAAUACCUCUGAACGAGACCAGCAUCAUCUUGGGAGCCCUUCUCAUCUGAGUGUUGGAGAGCAGCAAGACAUUGUUCAUGAUCCCUAUGAAUUUCUUCAGUCUCCAGAAACCUCAAAUGCCACUACUAACUAAGCUGACAUGUACUAUAUAUAUUUUGUAUUUUAAUUGUAUUAUGGUUUUAUAAAGUUUUUGUCCAUGGCAGAAACCUUAGUUUUGUCCUCUUUUCUGGGAGGAUCCCUGUAUAAUAUUAUCAUAUAUGCUGGAUUAAACGAAACAAAAAUAGCUACUUAGUACAUCCUGUUGUUAGCGAUGUACCAAAAGCCCGCUUUUGGUUUGCUUGUUGAUAGAAGUCGUUGUCUACUGGUGUGUAAAUCUUACUGAAAAGCAACAAUGUGUUAGAAAAAAAUAUAUAUAUUUUAUAGAAGCUAAUAUGUGACAAAUUUCUCAGUAUCAUGAAGCAGUCAUGGCAGAAUUAACAGGUUUGUUCAGGUCUUAAACUGAAUAACUUCAAGGAGGAAUAUUUUAUUUCAGCAGUUGCAGAACUGCCUGACUUGUGACCAUUAGUAAAUUUUCUGUCUCCUAACCCUUAAUAAUCCCUAGAAGUUGUUUCUGUUUUCCCUUUUUUAAAUCCUUUCUGAUCACUCUAGAGCAUAUUUAAUUUGAGGGUUACAGUACUCGAUAGUGGCCAUAAAAUCCUCAUUAUGAGAAUUCUACCCUGAGUUUUAAAAAAGAUGGAUGUUUUUGUGAUCCCUUGUGUCCUGAAACAGAAAAUGUACUACUUUUGAAUAUCUACAAUUAUUUGGAUGAUGAACACACAGGAUAAGGGGUGCAUUUCAAGUAAUUUUACAAUGAAACUUUUAUAAUGCAGUGCUGAUGUAACUAGGGGGAUUUUUUUACCAUUGGGAUGUGCAAGCUAGACAAGUGUUAUGAAAUCACAGUAUUUUGUAAAUGUUAAUAAAACUGCAGAACCACUGUU